AUGGCCAUCCAUGUGGUUUUGUUACUAACACUUUUUACUGGGCUGAGUGUCGCUGAUUCGAAAGGGAAUCUUGCUCUUAAUGCCAGGGUGGUGCAGUCCUCCUUAGGCCACCCACAGGGAGAUGCUGAACAUGCAGUAGAUGGAAACAGAGAUGCAGAUUACGGGAAGGGCUCAUGCACUCACACUAAAGCUGAGUUUAACCCAUGGUGGAGAGCUGACCUCGGAAAUGUCUACAGUAUAAGCAAGGUUGCCAUCACUAAUCGUGGAGACUGUUGCAAAGAGCGACUCAGAGGAGCUGAGAUUCGUAUUGGUAACAAGCUGGAGAACAAUGGAAACAAGAAUGAGCUGGCUGCAACUGUUCUCAAUGUUCCCGAUGGCACAGUAGUGUUUGAGUUUGAGCCUGUUAACGGCCGAUAUGUCAACAUUUUUUUACCUGGGAACGAUGAAUACCUUACUCUGUGUGAAGUCGAGGUGUUUGCAGAAGAGGACAAACCACUGUACAUGUGCGUUCCAA